AUGAAGAUGGGCAAAACAGAAAAUGUGACUGGAGUGAUCCAACCUAGUGACCUUCCACCCAAGAAAGCUGACCCAGGGGCGUUUACGCUUCCAAUCUCCAUCAGAGACGUUCUAAUGGAGCAAGCAAUGUGCGACCUGGGUGCUUCCAUCAAUGUUAUGCCAUAUUCUAUGUAUGAAAAGCUGGGGGAAGCAAAGCUAGUCGAAACCGAUAUGGAGAUACAGCUAGCAGACGGGUCUUGCAGUUACCCCGAGGGAAUUCUAGAGAAUGAAAUCGUCAAAGUGAACAAAUUUGUGUACCUCGCUGACUUCUUUGUCAUAAAGAUGACGGAGCCAGGAGCGGAGGAGUCCGUUGGAAUUCGCUUGGGAAGACCUUUCCUAUCUACCACCAGCGCAGUCAUUGAUGUCCGCCAUGGUACGAUGAAUCUAGAGUUUAAUGGAGAACGACUUACAGUUGACAUUAAUGAAGCUUCAAGGAAGCCACGGGACAGCGGGAGCAUACAAUCGGUAGAUACCGCCAGGCCUUUGGAACAAACUUCAUUAAGCCAUCCUUUUAUUCCACUGAUAAUGAAAAGCUUAAGGGGGAAGCAACUGACUGGUUCGAAGCAACGAUGA